AUGGGAGGCUGCGAGUUUAAAUUUAGGGGUUCAAAUGAUGAUACAUGUAAAAAAAACAAUCUAUAUAGAAAUGGCAUUACAAAAUUUUGAAUUAAUAUCAGUUGUUGGAUAAGGAGGAUUUGGUAAAGUAUAUAAGGCAAGACUAAACAAAACUCGUAAUUUAGUUGUAGCACUUAAAGUGAUGUCUAAAGUUAAGUAUAUAACUAAAAAAUAUAAUAAGAGUGAUAUAAAAAAAGAGUGUUAGUUCAGUGAUGAAUGAAUUAUAGAUUAUAUCAACCCUUAGACAUGAGUAAUUAUACCUUUAUAAUUCUAGAUUUAUAAUCAAUAUUAUUAGUGCAUUUUAAGAUCGUUGUUCUUUGUAUUUAGCUAUGGAUUUCUUAGCUGGAGGAGAUUUGAGAUUUCAUUUAUGCAAAAAUCGAAAAUUCUCUGAACCAAUUACAAAGCAUAUUGCUAUUUGCAUAAUUAUUGGAUUAGAUUAUAUACAUUCUAAUGGCAUUAUACAUAGAGAUAUUAAACCUGAAAACUUAGUAUUUGAUAACUAAGGCUAUUUAAGAAUAACUGAUUUUGGAAUUGCUAGAAUUUGGAAACCUUAAAAUAGUCAUGAAACAAGUGGUACUCCUGGUUACAUGGCUCCAGAAGUAAUGUGUAGAUAAAAUCAUGGAGUUGCUGUAGAUUACUUUGCUUUGGGAAUUAUUAUACAUGAGUGUAUUGUACACUAUUUUUUUUAUUUUAGCUUGGUAAACGACCAUAUAAUGGAAAAAGUAGACAAGAAAUUAGAGAUUAAAUUAUUGCUAAAUAAGCUGCUAUUACAGAAGUUCCUUAAGGUUGGAGUAAUGCAGCCAUUGCUUUUGCUAAUGCUUUGAUGUAAAGGAAGCCUUAAUUGAGAUUGGGAUGUAAUGGGCCAGAUGAAGUUAAAAGUCAUCCUUGGUUCAAAGAUAUCAAUUGGAAAGAUUAUGAAAAGAAACUUAUAAAUUCUCCUUUUAUACCAGAUGGAAAAUUGGAAAAUUAUCUUAAGUCCAAUCAACUCGAUUCCCUUGAAGAUUAAUCUAUUCUCCAUUCUGAAUAAGUUUAAUGUAAUGAUGACUUAAAAUUUUAGAAUAAUUCUUAGGGUAUGAACAUUUUCCUUAACUCAAUGGAGGGUCUCCUUAUAUAUCAUCAAUAGUUUCCCCUAGAACUCCAAACUUAAGGAUUUAACUUAAAAAAGAGUAAUGA